AUGGAAGAAACUAGCAUAAGGACACUACACCUAUGGAAUACACCAGCAAGACCCGAAAGUAAGGAUCAGUAUGCAAGGAUGAUACUUAAGCAUAUCAACCCAAAUAAUAAAUAUGUGUUAAAUACCUCUCUUCCAUUUCCAUUAAUAUCUAUAAAUAUACCCAACAAGAUAGAACCUAUCGAUGAAUCAUUAGGUAUAGUAGCAAUUUCAGUUUCUAGUAAAAAAGAUAUAAAGAAUCAAUGUUUUAUAACCUUUGACAGCAACGAUAGUGCCAAAGCAUUUUUAGAUGGAUAUGGUGAAAAGUGGAAAGUGGGUGGUAGAGUAGUUAAAAUGGAUUUUGCCAAAAAGGAUUCUUUAAUUGGCUUACAUUUAAGAAGCAAUACCAUAUUGAAAAAGGCUUUAAAAUCCAGACGGUUAAGCAAAAUCUUACAAUAUGAUGAGAAUCUUAAACACGAAAAGAAAUUGAACAGAAAAUUGAGGAGAUUAAGACAAAUAUUAAGAAAGAAAGGGUUAGAAGAAGCAGAAAUAUCUAAGAUUGUUGAAAACGUGAAAGAAGAACAAAUAAAGUUGAAGGGAGAAGUUGAAUCCAAACCAGCUUCAACAGCGGAAUUAGAUUUUGAGACAAAGAUUACUAAGAAGGAACUUAUUGAUUUAAGUGUCAACCCAGCUAAUAACAUCCUAUUAGUACAGAAUUUACCCAAUGGUACAACUGAAGUACAGUUGAAAGAGUUAUUUGCACAAACUGGCCUGAAAGAAGUAAGAUUAGUGAGUGUACGUAACUUAGCAUUCAUAGAAUAUUCGAACAUACAGAAUGCAACUGAAAUUAAGAAUAAACUGGGAACUAGUUAUAACUGGCAUGACAAAACCAUAUCAAUUGCAUUUGCAAAAUAA